AUGGCGCUGCUUUGGUGUAUAGUGACGUGUAUGUUGGCUGUUGCGCAUGCGCAGUCCAACUAUGGCUCACAGGCCAAUAAUAUUGAGUAUCAGGGAGAAGGGCUACCGGAGCAAACAGUCCUUGAUGGAAAGGUCACGAAACUAGACGACUUGAGUCCAGUUAUCUUCUUGAACAGGACCAGAGCGACACUUAACUGCGCAGCGGGUUCAAUGCAGAUUGAAAUGAAAUUUAACGAGAAAUUCUACGGCAUCGCUUACGCCGACUUCGAUCGCCACUCGGCGUGCCAAGUGGUGGGCAAAGGUGCGACCUCCUAUAAGUUGGAGCUGCCACUAAAAGGAUGUGGUACUAAGCAGGAUCCCCUCCGUGUGUUCACAAACAACAUCGUGGUACGCUUCCACCCGGGGCUGGAGAUGGACGGUGAUGAAGUCAUUACCAUCGUCUGUCGGUACCCACCGCCGAUCGUGCCUAAGCCUGAAUUUAAGCCGCUUAUAUUUACCCCGGAGAGAGGUCCGUUGCCAGCCAAAGCGCCGUUGGCCGGUACCCAAAUCCUGAUGAUCAUUUGCGCGAUCCUCUUCCUCACUCUGCUGAUCUUGGGUUUGGGUGUAUCUUACUUGUGUCUCAGACGUCGAGCUCUGCCAGCACCAAGACGAUUGAUUGAUGACUCUUCUGCGUCCAUCAUCAGCCGGGAGAGUAUACAAGAAGUGAAAAUCCCGCGGGCGCACCCGGUUUACCCAGCGGCGGCUGAGAGCGCGAGUGUGGCUUCCGACACGAUACCCUCGGACUACCCGUCCGAGACGCCCAGCGAGGCGGAGGCGCACACCAACCAGGCCUUCAUGAUGGACGACUCCUAUCACAGCGAAGGGUACGGUGAGAUGAACGAGAGAGGCGCGUCUCACGGACGGUACACGCACGCAGGCAUGCAGGGUGCAACGCACGCUGGCGCUGUACCUCCCGCCUUUGACGUCAGAGUGCGCGUCCAACGACCCCCGGCGCCACCAUCGCCACCCUCUACCAUCACUGCCACGGAAGUCGACGGUGGUAGCAUCAGCCAAGCGUUGGUGGAGGAGCAGGAACGUCAGGAAUCCGAGCGGAUGGUGUCUGGCGGUGCGCUCCCGCUGCCGGCGCGCGCCGCGCACGCCGCACCCCCCGCGCGCCCGCCGCGCCCGCCCGCACUCUACUCGCAGGUCAACCGCGAACGACAGGAGUGGGCGCGACGUCCACGGUCCAUCGUGUCACUAAACACAGAGAUGACCGACACGCACUCUGUCACCGAAGUCACCGACGGCUCUCACGCAAGAAUGUUCCAUAUCAAGAAACCACCUCCGCCGCCUCCAAUGAUGACCGAGCGUUUGGAGACAGAGGAACAGGAACUGACAAUGGAGAGUCUUGAACCAAUCCCGGAGACCCCGAUAAUGCCCGCCAGGAAGCCGGAGAUCACGUCCCACGUGGUCGACGACGUGUUUCUCCGCACAAUUACUGAGAAGAAGACGAUCGAGGACAUCGAGCGGCACAAGCGGCUGGUGACCGAGUACCGGCAGGUGCCGGCCCCCGCGCCGCAGUUCGACGUCACCAUUCGCAACCACACGUUGCCUGAAGCGCAGUGGGAGAACUUCUCCGAUAUUAGCAGCGCUUCGGGAAUGACACUGACACCUAAAAUGGAGAGGGUACCGCUGUCUCUACCGCCUCAGAAGUUUAUAGGUCAAGGUGGACCGGACCUCUUCUCACCCGAGCUGAUCAAGCAGACAGGCAAAGUAUACCAACCGUCAUCCCCUGAUCUUCCACUCCUACCGGAGCUACCACCUGCUCGCAACCCCCUGUACAGAGAAGAAGACGACGAGGACGUGCCAGAACCUACCCCCACACCACCGGUACCACCGAACUGGACUGUUUUGACCAGAGUUUUGAAGACCGAAGCCCAGGAUGAGGUGCUGCUGGAGACGGAGCGGUCGUGGCGGCUGACGCGCGAGGAGCGGUUGCGCUGGCGCGAGGUGAUAUCGCGUGAGGGCGCGCUGCGGCGCGAGCUGGCUCGCUGCGGCUCGCGCGACGACUUCGCGCGCCUCGCGCUCGACCGUCGCUUCGCGCCUCUUUACCCGCCCCACAAGUGGGAGGUCAUCGUGCGCAUCCUCGCGCCGCCCGCCGACCGCCAGAAGAACCGGUACCGCAAGAAGUCCGAGUGGGAGUCGCGGUCGCGCCGCAGCUCGCUGCCGACGCUGUACGAGUACGACAGCGACGCGACAUCGUUGCGAGAACCGCAGCGCUCGCGCCGAUCGUCUUACCGCAGCGACCACGUCGAUAUGAGGUCUAUGUCCGAGAUGAUGGUUGACUACGCGAGGGAGCAAGCCGACACGCAGUCCGAAGUCUCCGCUGGAACAUUGCUCGGCCGGUAUUAUGACGAUGACAGCGACAAUGAACAGCCCUUCAACCAAAACUCAUCCUGGUCACGCCAUUCACUGAACCGUUCCAUCAGCCAGCCAUCUCUAGCGCGUUCCAACACUGAAGUCAUGGAACAGUGGACCGCGCCCGAAGGUGACAUCACGCCCACGCCGGGACGCCGAAUUAGAGGUCCUCAAGGAUUGACAACGUUCACAUCAUCUGAAGUGCGAACAUUCCAAGCAUCAAGAGAGUGGCGCGAAUAA